AUGGACCGGCGUGCCACAGCAGACUCUUCAAUCACGGUCAAUGUCGCUCGCCGUAUCUCGAAUCUCACUUCUGAGCAGGCCGAGAAGAAACGGGCGAUUGAUCGGGACAACCAGCGAUAUCACCGAGCGAAGAAUAAAGCGUACAUCAAGGCGUUAGAGCAGAAAGUCCUCGAACUCACCGCACAAGUUCAUGAGCUCGAGGGUCGCGUACAUCAGUACCAAGCUGAGGAGGAGCGACAACAGCAACUCGCCUCCGCGCCGCCUCUUACUCCCAGGACACCAUCAACGAGAAGUUCUUUAGAGAUAGACCAUCACAACCCACUCAACUUUAGUGCUGCCCUCCACCAAGAGCUGACAGACGGCGAUUGUGUUCCCACGUUGCCCCUUGAUUUCGGCACUGGAAUUACGAUCCAUGCCUUGAACUCCGGUCAAGGAAUUGACUUAUUCGACUUCGACAUCACCAGCCCAAUUGACUCUACACAGUCUACGGUGCAGGCAACCGAUCCUCUCGCGGCCUCGAGUGCCAACUCGCAAUCACUCAAUUGGACAAACACAUCCUCAGGGAAUAUCGACCUACCUGCUUGGCAACGACUCCCCCUCCAUGUAGAUCCCUCAUCCAAAAUCGAGGAAGUCAUCAAAACCAUCACCGAAUCAUGGAGCGCACGAAUCUCCCGCCUCGGGAACCGCCAAGAAGAGUUCCGCCAGCCUGUAUUCCCCAGCAUCGGCUCCCUACUAAACCGCCCGGAGGAAGACGAGCGCGACAUGGCCCGGUCCUUCUUCGACGCCAUAGCCGCCCAGGUCUGGCGAUCCACCGUGAAGACGCUGGCCGAGCGCAUCGGGUUCAUGUACACCCUAUCCCAUCUCAUCCGCUGGCUCGUCUGCCGCUCCAAGGAGACGUACGAGCUCCUCCCACCCUUCCUCCGGCCGACGGAACUACAGUUGACGGUGCCGCACCCCGCAUGGAUCGACACGAUCGUGUGGCCGGCGGCGCGGGACGCCAUGAUCACCGAGAUGGACUGGGGCCGGUUCGAGGAGUUUAGGAGGCUGGGCGGGAAUCGCAUCACAGUCCGAUGGCCGUACCCGGACUCGACGGCGAUAAUCGAGUCGCCGGAUAAGAAGACGAUGCUGCUUCAUCCAAGUUUCGAGGCACACAUUCGCAACUCGGAUAAUUGGAGGGUGGGACCAGAGGUGGGAGAGGCGUUUCCGUUUAUGAAGCCCUUUUGUUUGGGGUGA